UUAAAAUUGUUCUCAAACGCGAUUACUUAAGAUGUAAUUUUUACAAGCAGCUAGCCAAAUAACUAUUUGAAAAAAAAAGAGUAAGAGACAGUGAAUAGCCAAAUCACUUGACGUCAAUUAUUUGCUUUGAAAUGUCAACUAACUUGUGACGAAAUGGCAACUGAGGAAUUACGCGACCGUAUCAGAAAAGAGCACCUGAUUUUCAGAACGCAACCCGAGCUAGCAGACAACGACAUCAAAGGCCUUGCACACAUCUUCAAAGCAGUGGCAGAAGAUGGAGGUCAUUUUGCAGACGUGAAAAGUCUGCAGAGAGUUCUCAAACCAUUGGACUUAAAACUGGAAGAUGAAAUUCUGCGAAAAUAUGCGCAAUACAACAGAGCAGGAUUGUUGCAAAUGACUGAACAAGGAUUCAUCGAUGCCAUCAAAUAUAAACUACACUCGAAGAAAUUUUUGGAGCCCGAUUGCAGAUAUGGCUUUGAUUUGUUGGACAACGAAAAAGAAGGGCAUAUCAACAAGCAGUCUGUUGAGCGGCUAUGCUCAGCCAGAAGCAGAGAGGCUGUUGAGGAUGACAUGGUAGAAGAAAUGUUUCAAGAGGGCGACAAAGAUGAAGAUGGAAAAAUUGAUUGGAAUGACUUCUUAUUUCACAUGAGAAAUACUAAUAUACUAAGUAAAAUUAACUGAACCUUUUUUGUUACGCUCAAAACUUAGUAAUUGAUAA